AUGCAGUUCGGUAUACUGCUUACAACCUUUGUUGCAACGGCAACAGCGCUUCGGGUUCGCAGACAUAAGGUUGCCCACAAGAGCCUGCAAGAAGCAUCAAUCGAGUGUAAUAAAUAUAACGUUCACGGGGAUUGCCUGGCACGUUGCGUAACAUUGCUAACACGUGACUGGUACGAUUCUUCCAACGGAAUAUCACCAGUGUACAGUCGCUUUUUCCAACCGGGUACGCAUGACCGCUGCGGUAUCGAUCGGACCCAAAAAUGCCUUCAGGCUAGAGUACCCACGACCACCUCGCUGGAUACAUGCUAUCGGGCAACAGCAUCGGUGCAGUGCUAUAUGGAUCAGUACGGCGAGGUCAACGUGACCACUCCACAGUUCAUCCGGUUCACCAUCCUACAAGAUGCGCGACUUGUGUACGAGUGUGCUACCAUGUUGGGAUACUCAUCGCCAGAGCAGUUGAAUGCCUUAUUGAAUGACAAGGAAUUUCUCCGUCUGGAAACGCGUUGUGUGAUGCGCUGUUUCAUGAUCCGAUCGGGACUUUACAGCGACUCGGAAGGUCUCAACAUGGCACGGUACUAUGUUCAAUGCGGGGGAUACGAAGAUAAUUUCUAUGAGCGGGUAGCUCAGUGCUCUGUCAAAUUACGCCAAGAAAUUCCCUGUGAGGACAAAUGCACGCUAUCUCAACGGCUGGCUACCGAAUGCAUUGGAGUGGAUUACGCAACAUCCACAAUAAUGCAACAGCAAGGUGACACACUCAAUAGCGUUGUUGCUGCACAAGGGAGUAAAGUUUAUAUGGUUAAUGACCAGAACGCGAACUCGAAUGUCUCUUAUCAUGUGAUGAGCAGUGGCGAUUCGACGAAGAUUGGAAACAAGGACUCCAGCUCCAAAUUUGGAGGAAACGAUUUAGAGGUUUUCAUGCAGUCUAUUACGAAUAGACGAUAA